AUGGCGAGAAGAUAUGCGCGUGAGUUAAGUGUGUUAUUGGCGUGUAUUCAUAGUAGGACCAACACAUAUCGAUUUAACAAUUAAAAAACUGUAAAUGUAAAGCAAAACAUAAUAUUUUAAAAUUUAGUACCGAUGAGUUCAGCAUCAUCCUCAGGCUACCAAAAAGUAGCACGUCGAGUUGGUCGGCCACCAACAAAGUCCGUCCGAUCAACUACAGCCUCUUCCAUAGCCACCAGAAGCAAAAACUCGGGUAGCUCAGCAUCAGAAACAACCUCACAGCCUUCAACACAGUCAGAAGUCACACCAGAACGUGUGAUUCGACCAAGAAAACGACCGGCAAAACCUGGAAGACCGGCGAUUCCAGCCAAACGUCGAGGACGGCCAAAACAACGUCAACGUCGAGUCAAACAGGUGGUGAAGGAAAUCGAGGAUGAAGAGACGGGAGAAGAGGAAGAUGAAGCUAGUGAUAGUGGAGAAAGUGUUGACAGUAUGGAAGGAAUGAAUCCUUUGUGGGAGGAAAAUAUCAUGGCGUGUUAUGAGAAGGCUAGGAAUUCGUAUGAAGCCUUUAAUUAUACAGAAGGAGCUGUAAGUGAUAAUUCUUUAACUGAAAACAGUCAUUUUAAUUCGAAUUUUCAUUUUAAAAACAUAAAAUAACAAGAAUUAGGCUUCUAAUAUUAUAUAUCAAUAUAAAAAUAAUAAUAAUUUUGGAAUUUAAGGCAGCAUUCAAACUGUCAUUGACCCAGCAUCACAGCUUCAAACCACGACCUCCAAAGAAGCACAUAACAUUCAGAUUGAACAAGAUGCCUGAACAAAAGAAGAGGAAGAACUACGUGCACCUGGAGCGAAUUGCACCUUUACCACCAAUGAUCUUUUUUACUUUGACUGAAAUGAAUAUUAUGGUAAGUUUACUAGCUCCAAUAUACCCCUAAUCUACCCGUACCCAUUCUACUGUAAAAUACGAUGCUGCUUCAUAAACUACCUUACCCUACCCUACUCCAGCCUAAUCUCCAUUAUCCCCCCCCCCUCUCCCAAUUCAACUUUUCAAAAAAAAAAUAUUAUCGUGAACAUUACAGGCAGAUGAUCAAUACACAUUGUCACAUGUACCAUACAUGGGAGACCAAGAAGAAGAAAGGUUAACAAAGGAACUCCUAGAAGUUUUUCCUGAUGGAAUUCAUGGUACCAAAACCGGGUGUGGGCAAUAUAUCAACGACUACAUCUUGUACUACACAGUAAAGCAUGCCAUUCAGGCUUUGCCCGAUAUUCGUAAGUUAUCUAUAGUCUAAAGACUUACAAAUUGUUAGGCUUACAUUUUUGAACUAAUGUUUUACAUUUACAAUAUAGCUGGACUGAAAGUAUAAUAUAAGAAAAUAUUGUUUCAGCUUUCCCAAAGCUCUUAAGAAUCAUAUAUGAACUGUUCCCUAACAAGUUCCAAAAAAAUGAGCUACUAGAAGUGUAUCCCGAUUUAAAAGCCCGGUUUGAUAAGCAUUUAAUCCAAGAUCCUAUGCCAACAGAUGAAAAUGGAUUACAAAUACAAAACAACUCACCACAAGACCUAUUACACAGUUAUCAAGUACUACAGUGCUACAAGUGUACUCUUUAUGACUGUCCUCAUCAUGAACGUAAGUUGGGGUAAAUCUUACUGUAACAACCUAUUUAGGGUAGAGUAGAUUGGUAGAGCAGAGUAAAAUGCAAAAAAUGAUGUUAGGGUUAAAUAAGAUAGGGCAAGGUAGAGUAGAGUAAGACAUGGUAAGGUAAACAGAAUACAGUAUAAAAGCUAUGGGCUAGAGUUAACGUUGUUCACCUUUCAGGCCUUGACGAAAAACAACAAAUCACGUUAAUGAGCCGCCACGAUGACCGUACCAAUCCCUACGUACCAAUGCCAUGCACCGGUAACUGUUACCUAGCAAAACGACGAGUCCUUCUACCACAACGUCGAUCACCAAACAAGCGAAAUGUGAAGCUAGAGAUUCAAGUGAAGCCUGUAAAUUGGAGUCCACAAGAAGAAUCGAUGCUGGCAGUUAUGAGAAUGAGUGGCAUUACUGACUGUUGUAUUAUUGCUAGAGCACUACAAGUUGAGCCAGGACAGACCGAGAAAACGUGCAAUGAUGUUUAUGCCUAUUUUAAACGACAAAGCCCUAUUUCACCAAUUGUUAAUGUUAAGAGGGAGCCAGUUAUCAAAAAGUGGGUUUUGAGAAACUUAAAAAUCGAAAAAAUUUUAAAUUCUAAAAAUUCAAAACUUAAAAUCAUCUUUUCUCAAUUUUCAGAAAAGGCAACGACCUUCACCGCAAGUUCCGAGCAAUCAAAUGGUCGGUCGACGGCGAAGUCAAGAACAAGUACGCGUACUGGCCCUGCGUGCACGAAGGACCAUGUUCAGAAGCCAAUUGCUCAUGCUAUUCACGCGACAAAAUCUGCACAAAGUAUUGUAAAUGCUUCCACGAAGACUGUAAAAUUCAAUUCCCGGGCUGUCGAUGCACUCCAGGUAAUUGUCGUACUCGACAAUGCCCGUGCUACUAUGCAUCAUGGGAAUGCGAUCCGGAUUUGUGCAAAGGUUGUCGCUGUGAACCCGACGAUUCUGGCAUGCCAAACGAAAAAUGCAAAAAUAUUUGUUUCCAACGUGGACUACAGAAGAAGUUGUCAGUCAGGCCGUCUCAAGUGGCAGGUUGGGGCUGUUUUGCUGACGAAACUUUGUAUCGUCAUGAUUUUAUUUCUGAAUAUUGUGGGGAAAUAGUAUCGGUAUCUGAGAGUGAACGAAGGGGAAAGAUCUACGACAAAAUCAAGUGCAGUUAUCUGUUUGGUAAGUAAUGAUUAUGACAAAAAAAAAGAAAAAAAAUCCAAAGGAGGCACCAAACUCAACUUCCUGAUAACAAAAAAUAAAAAUUGCGAGAAUAUUACCCAAAUUGUAUCCAUUUGUACAAUUCAUUAUUUUCAGAACUAAAUCAAGACUACCAAGUUGACGCGACCAGAAAAGGCAACCUCAUUCGCUUCGCCAAUCACUCAUCGAACCCCAAUUGCUACGCCAAAGUUGUAGUAGCCAACACUGAUCACAGGAUCGGAAUUUUUGCUUCGAGGCAAAUUGAAAAAGGCGAAGAAUUGUUCUUUGACUAUGCGUAUAACAAAACGCAUCAACUGGAGUUCCUCAACAAGGAAUUAGAUAAGAAUCAUCAAGUUAUCACCAUGACUGAACGUGAUCUCAAGAAUAGAAAAAAGAAAAAGUAA